AAAAUUCGUUUCUGUUCAUCAAACGACAUCGUAUACCAUACCUUCUUCCUUUGCUUGUGCAAAAAGAUUUUGGUUCGUCGUAUUACUCAGACCUCUCCUCUCUAUCAAUUCGUUUCAGAUUCUCGCACCGGCAAGAGUAAUCAUAGUGUAAUCAGCAAAUGGAAUCACCAAAGACAAUUCCACACGAAAUCGGAGGCCUGAGAAACGAUCCACUCCGAAAUGGACUUCAUGGCGUCAAGAGUGAUAUUAUUGGAUCUCAUCCCCUCGAAUCUUCCUACCACUCGGUCAAAGUGACGCAAGAGAAUAUGAAGAAAAAAAUCUUAGCGAAUACCUACGGGGCGGCUUUUCCGUUGAAGAUGGAGCUCGACCGUCAAAUUAUUUCCAAAUUUCAAAGGCCUCCUGGAGCUAUACCAUCUUCAUUUUUGGGGUUGGAAGCCAUGACUGGAACUCUCGAAGAUUUUGGUUUCCAAGACUACCUCAACGAUCCAAGGGAGUCGGAAUCAUUCCGUCCAGAUGACAUGCAUCACGGAAUGGAAGUGCGUUUAGGUAUGUCUAAAGGACCAGCGUGUCCCAGUUUCAUUUGAAGCGCUGAAAUUUUUUUAGGAACGAACUUUUGUGUUCUGCUUUGUGGUGCAACUGAAAUUAAGCUUGUUUUAAUGACUACAACUGACGGGAAUGGUAUUUUUAAAUAUUUGACCAACUUAAGAAGACAAAUUUCCCCCCUCCUUUCAUGUUACAUUUAUUUUUUAAAGUUUGAGACAUGGUGAAAAUGAUUAAUAGCAGCGAACAGGAAGCUUCAAAAUUUGACUA